GCCAGAAUGGCAGAAAAUGGUGAUAAUGAAAAAAUGGCUGCUCUGGAGGCCAAAAUCUGUCAUCAAAUCGAGUAUUAUUUUGGUGACUUCAAUUUGCCACGCGACAAAUUUUUAAAGGAACAGAUCAAACUGGAUGAAGGCUGGGUACCCUUGGAGAUAAUGAUAAAAUUUAAUAGGUUAAACAGUCUAACAACAGACUUUAAUGUAAUAGUAGAAGCAUUGAGCAAAUCAAAGGCGGAACUCAUGGAAAUAAGUGAAGAUAAAACUAAAAUUAGAAGAUCUCCAAGCGAACCCCUCCCUGAAGUGACUGAUGAGUAUAAAAAUGAUGUAAAAAACAGAUCUGUUUAUAUUAAAGGCUUCCCAAUUGAUGCAACCCUUGAUGACAUAAAAGAAUGGUUGGAAGAUAAAGGUCAGGUACUAAAUAUUCAGAUGAGAAGAACAUUGCACAAAGCAUUUAAGGGAUCAAUAUUUGCUGUAUUUGAUACCAUUGAAUCUGCUAAGAAGUUUGUCGAGACCCCUGGCCAGAAGUACAAAGACACAGACCUGCUAAUACUUUUCAAGGAAGAUUACUUUGCAAAAAAAAAUGAAGAAAGAAAGCAAAAUAAAAUCGAAGCUAAAUUACGAGCUAAACAAGAGCAAGAAGAAAAACAAAAGUUAGCAGAAAAUGCUGAAAUGAAAUCUCUAGAAGAAAAGAUUGGCUGCUUGCUGAAAUUCUCAGGGGACUUAGAUGAUCAGACGUGUAGAGAAGAUUUGCAUAUCCUUUUCUCAAAUCAUGGUGAAAUAAAAUGGAUAGACUUUGUCAGAGGAGCCAAAGAGGGAAUAAUUCUGUUUAAAGAAAAAGCUAAGGAAGCACUAGAUAAAGCAAAAGACGCAAAUAAUGGUAACCUACAAUUAAGGAACAAAGAGGUCACCUGGGAAGUACUAGAAGGAGAUGUGGAAAAAGAAGCAUUGAAAAAAAUAAUAGAAGAUCAACAAGAAUCCCUAAACAAAUGGAAGUCAAACGGUCGCAGAUUUAAAGGAAAAGGAAAGGGAAAUAAAGCUACCCAGAUUGGGUCUGCUAAAGGAAAAGUACAGUUUCAGGGCAAGAAAACUAAAUUUGAUAGUGAUGAUGAACAUGAUGAAAAUGGUGCAUCUAGACCAGUAAAAAGAGCAAGAGAAGAAACAGACAAAGAAGAAGAACCUGCAUCAAAACAACAGAAAACAGAAAAUGGUGCUGGAGACCAGUAAUUUAGUAAACAUUUUUUAUUCAUUUUAAUUAGAUUUUAAGCUGCUUUUGUCUUUGGAGGCUUUUAAAAAGAAAACCGAAUUAGGUCCACUUCAAUGUCCACCUGUAAGAAAGGAAAAUUUUGUUGUUGUUUAACUUGUCUUUUUUUGUUGUUGUUAUUGUUAUCAAAAUGAGUAUUUUUUUAUGUAUAAUUCUGUUUGUGUUCUUUCAGAUUAUUCAAAUAUCAAAAGAAACAUUCUUCCACUAAAUUGCCUUUGUAAUAUGAGAAUGUAUUAGUACAAAGUAAUAAAAUGUAUACUGCAUAAAAA